UAUUAAGUACUUGUAAACAGUGCAACGCGUGUAACACAUCUCAAGAAUGACUGAGCCUGAGGAUUGCAAGGCAGUCUUGCGCAACGAAGUUAUCUGUCUAAUAGAUGGACAGAUCGAUGAUGUUAAGACUCUAAGUAAGGUGAAGGGGCUACUUGAAGGUGCACUUGAUGAAAAGAAGCUCCUUCAACAGCAGUUGACAGCCGUCAGUCAUGAAACCCCAACCAGAAUCCAGGAAGCUCUCCGGGAGGCGGAAUCGGCUGUGCACCAGCUGGAGUCCCUGACGACAUCCAACAAACAGUCCCGACGGUCCGCCAACAGCCAUCUCCACCGCGCCAAGCCCAUGGUGCAGGAACUCAGACAGAUGACCGAGAAGGUCCAAGAGCUGGAGAGGUGCAUGGAGUACAUGAAAUGGCUGGCACUUGUUGAAGACCUCAGCUCGGAGAUCCAAGGCUCGCUCCUGGUCAACUCGGCUCCCUUUAAACUCUUCCACAGCUCCGAGGUGCAGAAAGGGAUCUCCAUGGGGGCAAUGCCAAGCGCCGUGGCCCAUUUUGCCAAGCUCGCCCAGGUGAGCGAGGCCCUACAGGGCUCGGCGUGCACCAACCUGGUGGCCUUUGUGACCUCCACGAUCCUGUUCUGGUACAAGAUUCUGAAAGAGAAGCUGUCUAGUGAAUUUGAGGAAGUCCUGAAGGCAUUCAACUGGCCGUUUGUCCACAGUGCAGUCCCCAUGCCACCUCCGCCAGCCCAACAGGUUGAACUCAAGAACCGCCUGGAAACACUGUUUGGGCAACUUGUCAAACUCCAACUUCCAGAUACCUUAGUCUUUGAAGAUUCCACUGCUCGAGAGUACAGUCACCUCCCAGGGUCACGACCUCUUCUGUUGCCACUCCAUCUGUUACUUCAGCCACUGAGGAAACGAUUUCGGUAUCACUUCCACGGAAAAAAACAGACCAAUGGACUUGAUAAGCCCGAAUGGUACCUGACCCAAGUCUUGAACUGGAUACGGGACCACAGCGAUUUCCUUGACAACACCAUCCAGCCCAUACUAGAUACCAAGGACCUCUCGCAUAUCAGUGCAAAGGUGGAGUUCAUCCGAGGCCUUCUCAACAUCGUAGCAGCCAAGCUUGAGCACGACAUCCCCGAGCUUCUCUUUGACGAGCAUCUACUGUCCCACACCAUCGAUGAGCACCUGCUCUUCAAUCGGGAGGUCAGGGGCAGCUACAGUUAUCCUGCCGGCCAGCCCGACUGCCUGCACGUCCUGACGGGCAAGGAGUGCUUUGAGAGGUGGCUGGUGGUGGAGAAGAAAUUUGCAGUUGAGAAGAUAGACUCCCUUCUAGCAUCGUCAGCUGCCUGGUCGCCACAGUACAAAGACUUGGAGGAAACAGACGAUCUGAAAGUUCCAGAAUGUGUAGAAAGCUUCAUGACAUUAAUGUUAGUCAUAACAGAGCGCUACAAGGUUCUCCCCUCCCCGACCCAUCACUUGAGGUUCCUGGAGUUGCAGCUGGACCUACUGGAUGACUUCAGGGUGCGUCUCUUGCAAGUCAUGAAGCAGGAGUCGGCAGAUCCCCUGGCCGGGAGGCACAGCGCCAUCCUGAACGGAGUCAACUACAUCAUGGACAUCCUCAAGGAGUGGUCGGAGCAAGUGUUUUUUCUGCAGCUCCAGUUCUACAGCAAGGAGCAGGAGACAAUGGAGCACUUCAACAGUGCCCUUGAGACGCUGACAGCAGCCCAGGACGUCAGCAAAUUGUCACAGGGAUUUCAGGAUGGCCAGAUGGAAGUCCUAGAGGGCACUGUCUUUGAUGAGAUCCUUCACCUGUACGGCCUCCUUAAGGACGACAUGACGGCAACGUUGCAAAGAACAGCUGUCAUUGACAUCAAGAGUCGGGCAAGACCUUACAGGAAGGACAAAUGGUUUGCCAUGCCCUCCCCGAAGGACUACAUCGCCCCUGCUCUGUCUGCCUCCCUCUGUGAGCUCCUGCAGACACUUAAAGAAAGACUCCAACAGCUGGGGGACCAGCUGUGCCCCUCGGUCUUCAAUAAGCUCUGGAUGGGCCUAGCCGAGGAACUCAAUAAAUUCAUAUACGAAGAGGUGAUUCUUGCCAACCAGUUCAAUGAAGGAGGGGCCUUACAGUUGCACUACGAUAUGACCAAGGGCUUGUUCUCACAGUUUGGAGACUUCACCCAACGCCCCGAAAAUUACUUCAAAGAGAUCAAGGAGUCGUGCAUCCUCCUGAACCUCAAGACAGGCUCGGCCAUCUUACUAAGGGAUCUUCUCUACCAGACCCUCCACGCCAAGCAGACGAUAGACGUCCACGGCAGGGAUCCGUCCCCAGACGCAGCCCUGAGAGACGUCGGUGUGUAUCGUCUGUCUCCCAAAGCGGCUGAGAUUGUACUGAAUCUGCGAACGGACUGGCCAAAGUAGAGUGCAGACUGAUAAAAGCAAAGUGUAAGUUGUUGUCAUGUGAUUAGAAAAACUGUAAUAUGACAAAAAUUACUGUAAUAAUUAUACAGAUUCUUAUUACUUGAUUAAAGAUUGUAAUUACUUGCAGAAUCCGGCACACAAUACUGCUAAGUUUCCACAGGAAAUUGAUCAUGAGCCUUCUGACAUUUCAUGGUUUUAUGUUUAAGAUAAACGAUGACAGAGAAUUUCGGACAUUCUCUGUUUGCCAAGAAAUUCUGUAAAGCCACAUUUAUGAUAAAACAAAACAGGGUGUACAAAAUUCAUUAGUAAUUUUUUUUUUAAAUAGCCUGAACUUCAUGAAACAAAAAAUAGUCAGAAAAAAGAUGGCCAAUCUAAAAGUCUUACUCACUUUUGUUCAAGCAUUUUUACAUUUGACUGUGCAUUAUUUUUUUUGAAAGUGGGUGGUCACUUCUUACGUGUAGUGCUGUGGUCGAGACCCUACAUGGCCCGCACAGGGCCUCCAAUCAGAAUUCAAGUCACAAGCUCUUCCUGUGUCUGAUCUUGUGUUUGGUCUGGCGCAUGUCAUAACAAUUUUAAUCCAACCAAAACCCUGACCAUGACCAAGACCAAACCCAAAGCUAGCUUGCUUCAAAGCCCAAACCCCUAUGCAACCCAGACCACAUACAAAGUUUGCAGACUUCAUGACCUUUUCACCGCCGUCCGUGCAAUAUAUUUGAUUCUUUGACUAGUCUGAGACAGUUGACUGAAAUGCACCCUCCUCGUUUCUUGUCUGGUGACAUACUGGACAUUCUCCGGCUCUUCAGUCUCAUGAUGGAUGGGGUACAACCCAUCUUCGUGUGGCAGGAGGGUAAUAUCUUCUAGUCCGUGUCAUUAUGAAUCAUUAGACAUGUUGGCGACAUGGCCAGCCCAGUACAAAAUCAUUAUUCCCUCGUGAGAUGGCCUAAUGGAAAGCCAGUGCUAUUAAAUGGGACCUUCAAGAGGUUGUGCAAGCCGAGUUGUCUUGCUUGUCGACUACUCAAGUGGUGUUCUUGAAAUGACCUGUGUGACUUUUUUUUCCAUUAUGGGCAAUUCCAUGUGAAUCGAGAAAUUCGUCAAGUUGUCAUCAACAUCAUUUAUUACUCAAAAUUCACAAACAAAAUGAAGUUUUUCAAAUAUAUUAAAAGUACACAUAAUGAAUUGUAAUGUUAUCUUUUAUUUGCACUUCCAUUUCUUGUGAAAUAUUUUGGCUGAAGAAUUUUAGUUGGUAACAGCAGGACCAAGUGCCACUUUCCACAAAUGUACAGGUGCCCUUGUGCAUCACUCUCUGUUCCAAAGCAGUUCAUUGGUGACCUCCCUGAUCAUUUCUAUAUUGUGUAAUCACCAACUAAUGGCAAUUUUCAAAGAUCUGUUGAAAAAGUUUUGAUCUAGAAUCCUUUUGCUUUUAUUUCUAGUUUUUAGUUCCUUUCGAUGAAAUAUUAAUUUAAGCCGUAGAACACAACUUGGAAGUUAUUACUGAUGCCCUUUAAAUAUGAAGGAGUAAUAUUAUUUCCUCAAGACUGAUAGCUAAAUGUAUUUCUUUUUCAUCAAACCAGUUCUUGUGAUAUUACUCCCUGUGGACGAAUCCACUUAUUACAUCCCUACUCGGCCAAGUGUUUGCACUUACAAUGUAACCCUCGAUGGGACUCUGGAGUACUGCUGAGAAAAUUGCCUUUUAAAAUAUGUAUUUUAAAACGCAUUCCUGCAUUUCCCAAGGCAAUGAAAGAUUCCACUUUCAAAACUUCGCCAUCAUCCUCAAACCUACCCCCAGCUGUAAUCUGAAGUUUCAGCCACAAGCCUUGGCCUGCCUUUACCAGAAUUCAAACUGCUCGCAUUACGUACUCGAAAGAUUCUGCACCGAGGACAAGAACUCAAGCUGCAUUUCAUACCGAAGCACACAUUUUGAUUCAAGAUGAAAUUGAUGACCUCUCCACCGGACAAACAAGGCGGCGGCUCAGCCUUGACUUGUGGAGAGGGUUCGUGAUUCAGCUAUCAUUGGAAUUAACAUCACGACGCGGCUAAGGAGGAGUACCCUGCAUUUGACCGGUAUUCGGCAGACCGUUCACCUUUCGAGAUACAUGUACAUCAACGGGGUCCUCAGAUCUACCAAGCCGACUUUAGAUUUACGCCUCCGUCGAGCCCGGGGUGCUGUUAUACGAUUAACAGACGGCAAAUAUUGCAAAGUCAUCUCCCGGGGGAGUUGGCUGGUUUUUAGCCUUUAAGUGUGAGGUUGAUCGCGGCACAAAGGCCCCAAUGGCAGGCGACUUGAUGUGUACUUGCCGAUAAAAUCAAAGAUUGAUGAAGAGAUGUCGAGAGAGUUGUUUUAUUUCGGGUUUUUUUUAAUAAGAAUGGUAAAUAGUAGAAUGCAUGGUGUUGCAGAAGUCUGAAGCAUUACUGUAACGAUAGAUUGGGGGAAUCAAACCUUAAUUGGCUGAAGUCGGGUUUGAGUUUUAUGCAAAAUAUCGAGAUGUUUACAUCUGUACUUUUUGGGCAUUUUGGACCUCUAUCCUAAAGUUUAUUUACAAACUUUGUUUCGCCAUUUUGACGUAGCGGGAUGGCGUUGACCGUGGCAGAUUUGCAAGUAUUAACUUGUCAAAGUUAAUGAGUAACCGAUUCAUAUUCCAUGCAUUAUCGAGAUCCGAAUAUUUGAUAGGCAGGCUUUCAUCAGACUGCGCGUUUUUCUAAAGGGUUUCAACAAAAAAUAUAUUGAACCAAAUUAUCCUCAUCAUUGGAAAAUUGUAGAUGUUAAACUCUCUACCCAAGAGAUCGCAGAUACUCAAAAUAAAAUACAGAAGUCACCCUACACUGGAAAAAUCCUUUAAAACAAUCAUUGUUACAGACAUAGAAUCGUACAUUCCGUUCGGGCGUAAAGGCGACUUCUACCUAUAUAUUUUUUUCCCACUUGGUUCAAGCUUGUGAGAGAAGGUUGUUGUAAUUGUUUGCCUAACCCCGUUCCUAGCCGUGAUUGGAACAGCAUUUUGCCCGUCCACACGUCUUCCAAAGGGAGAUAUAGAUUGCCGUCGUCCGUGCCUGAGUGCCCGCUCGCGCUCAGCUCGGUUGCAAGGGAGAGAGGCGCUCAUUAUUUUUUGGCCUUUCGCCCAUCGAAGCGAUGACUUUUUCUGUUGGACACGCGUUUUGCAUAACUGUAUAAUCCUCAUCUAGUCUUUUGUGUGUGAGAACUAUUUGACAUCGUUUUGAGUUAAGUGCAUUGAAAAGUACAUUUAAAAAUUUUCGAUUCUGGAACUGAGGGUGCUGUUGUUGUGAUGUCACUCGGGGAGGUACUUUAUUUCAUAGGUUUUUCAGAGUCUGUUCAAAUUGCGAACCCAGAAUGUGCUCGUAGAAAAUAUUUGAGAAAAGAUGUUGUCAUGUACUUAUGAAGCAAACGACCAAAAAAAGGAGGAAACUUAGGCAAGCAUUUUUUGACAUUACAGUGUUUAGCAAAAAUAUGAGAAUGUCAGCGCACAAGCUAAAAACCCACUGAAAUACCCUUUUUAACAGCAAAGCAAAAAUUGAAAAUGAUGUGGAGACAUGAAUGGUGCAUUUUAAAGGGUUGCACGUAAUACAAUGGCAUUGCACAGACCAUUUAACUUUGUUAUUAAGAUCGUGCUUGACACUAUCUU